CUCGCAGUUCCUCGUACGUUGGGGCCCGGCCGUCCAACGUCGCAAUCUCUUCUUGCAAUCUGGCCCAAAUCCUUGGGUUCUUUGCUAGCAUGAAAAACAUGUUGCUCAGAAGCGAGGCGGUCGUAUCACGGCCUGCCAGCAGGACAUUCAUGAGCUCGUCCCGGAUUCGAGUUCGGUCACUGGUUUGCUGCGCCAGGCCGUUCAGGAACAGAUACCUUCGGCUCUCUUCCUCGUCGGCGCCUUUCUCCUCGUCGUGUUUCUCUCGUACUCUCAUGGCCUUGUCGACGAACUGCUCAACCAUCUUGUGGCAAAUCUGGUUGGCCUCCUUCGCUUUCUGAUCACGAUUCAGAAACAUUAGUGGGCCAAAGCGAGAGUUUGUGACGAUGUUCUCCAGCGAGUAGUUGAAAGCCUCCGAGAAGUCAGGCUCAGUAUCUACCACUUGGGACAGGCGCUUCUUAAGACUGUGAACGUUGUGGCCGAAGAGAAACUCGGUAGCAGAGUCGAUGGUAAAGCCGAAGAAUAGUUCCUGGAGAUCAACAGUACUGCCGUCCGUGGGAAUGAGGGCGAACAGGUCCGCCAUUAAUUCCUCAAAAAUAUCAAGAUGAGCGACCUGUUCCUUGAUAAAGUUGGGCCGGAUCAUGUGGCGCGAGCGAGCCCAGUCCUCUCCGUCCGAUGUAAAGAUACCGUGACCCAGAAGCGAGCCAAAGACUUGGAGCCUGUCUCCCAUGCUGUAGUCGUUGAAUUUGAGAGACAGAAUAGUCUUGACGUUCUCGGGCUCCCGUGUUAGAAUGAUUGGAUCCGUGAUCCGCUGUGCCCUGAAUGUAUUGCCAUAUUCUUCAUAGCGUCGGACAUUGGUUUCGAGGAUCUUCCGCUCCUUGGCUGUCUUGAGGUUGAGCCAAAGUCUGUCGAGCGCGAAGAAGGGAUCAUAUUUCGGAAGAGCGGGGAUCGGUCCGCAUCCAUGUUGUUUAGCAAGCCGGUACCGACGCCAUUUCUGAUGAAUGGAAUUGAGAAAGUAGAACAAGAGGAAGACAGCUCCCGUGUAUAACGCGAUGGAACCGCGGACGGUCUCGGGAGGGUUGAAAAGGUCAAGAAGAGCCAUGGCGGUACAGGGUUAAACUCGAGGACAUGACGAGCCCAGCUGGAGGGUAAGCAGUCUUUAUCAGUCAAGAGCCAAGAACUGGAAAGGGGUGACAGCCUUCAGGUGUGGGGGAGGCUGACGUGCCUCAAGCGCGAUAUGAACUUCUGCGAAGGUUUUGGCGCGUUGAGCUGCUCUGACUGAUUGCCAGUGGGUACUGUAUUAGCAUAUCAGCAUAUCCACACAGGGAGCUUGGAUUGGAUGGCCCGUAAAAGAAGAGGAAUCAGCAGGGUAUGAGUGGCUCACUCGCAUGUUGGGAGUGGGGAUUUCAGAGAUCCAACCGAGGCUGAGCCCAAGUCCAGGCUUCAGCCACUUGACGGUGACUUCAGGCCCGCUGGAUUUUCCAGGGCUGAAUCGCUGUCUCGCCUGAGCCUAAGGAUUCCGCUGGCUUCGUCUUUUUCGAGUGUCGAAGGCAUCCCUUGCAGGUUUCUUGUCUGGGACGGCAGCUGAGAGCUCAUUCCAAGUUGCACACGCGUUUGCAAUGACAUCAGAAUGUGAAGAAUGUCUGGGUUCACGUGCUUUGGGCGAAAUUGCGGACUCCGGAUAGUUUUUGCUCCGACUCCGACCCCGAGUCCACCACAACACACACCCCGUCUCGCAAGCCAUCCCUCAUCCAGAAACUGGUCAUUUGGACCCGAAAGCGUCAUCUCUGGACCGAGACGCAUACGGAUACGCCGGAUGUCAAAGCUACAAAGCCAAUAAUGUCCGCCUUAUGAUGCCCUGUCACUAUCCUGAGGCAACCACGGACUCGGGAGGAGUUGGGGUCAACUUUGAGCUGAAACAAGUCGAGAAUUAUGUCAGCGCUAACGUUCGACCAAAGCCAAGGCGAUUCAUGUUUAGCCUUGUGGGGAAGGGAAAUAGGACGCCUCCAUUUCCCGCGGGAUAUUCAGCGACUUGGGCGGGGAGGGGCUCAGCAGCUCUCGACGGAAAGCAGGGACACUGACAGUCCUGGCCUCAACUCUUAUCUGAUCUCAAACUAAACUGAGGUUGUUCGCUGCAACCAAGGGUUUCCCCGCAAACCGGAGAAUUUCCGACCCCGCCAUGGGGCGACCCAGGUCGGCGCUUUUGCCGAUUAUUCGCCCAUAAAGUCGGUGAUACCGCCGGGUUUGCGGGACACAAGGAUCUGGUUGCACAGGAUGAGCAGUAACAAGCGCGCAAGGUCCAGUGACGAUGCCACAAAGCCACGGCUGACUCGGGCUUGUGCCGAGUGCAAGAAGCACAAGAUCAAAUGCUUUGUGCAGCCCGGUCAGAUAGCAUGUAACAAGUGCAUUAAAAGUGGCGUUCAAUGCGUCCCUCACAAUUUCGCUCAGAAAUUCAUCGAUGACGAUACUGCAUGGAAAGCGCAAGCUGCAGCCAAGAUUGAUCGCCUUAAAGACGCCGUCGAGUACCUCUUGCGCCACAAUAACCUGCCGGGUCUGGCAACCGCAGAGGACCAAUUGGAUCAUGAACGGUCAAUGCAGACGUUGUCCCCGUUGAGUGCUGCUCCCUCGGAGUCUGUCGGCGGGAACUUUACCCCCGAAGGCCCGUCGGUUGGCCUUCGCGGGCAAGAUGAUUCGGAUCUGGUGCCGCUUCCGAUGAACAAUCUCUAUAGUCUCACCGAUCCGAACAACUCCCAACUGAUUCGCGUCGACCCUGCCGACGUCAACGGGCCCGACUUCAUCAGUCAAGGUGUCCUUCCAAUACCCGAGGCCGAGUUUCUUUUCGAUCACUACCGACGACACAUCAACCCACUGCUGUGGGACGGCAUGUUGUGCCCGCACAAAUCUCUCCGCGAGGCUCGGGAGUCGUCGUCCCUGCUAGUAUCCGUGGUGCUGACUGUAGCCGCUCUGCACAUCCCCAAUAAAGAGCAGUCCCUUCAUGCCACAUAUGGCGCCUUUAUAUCACUGAUGAGGGGCUCGUGCUUGUUGCGCUGCCAGAACCUGGAUGUGAUACGUGCUCUGUGCAUCGGCGCAUUCUACCUCACAAGCCUGAGUUGGGCCCUCUGCAGCCGCGCCGUGCGAGUGGCUACCGAAAUGAACCUCCACAAGUCGUCUCUGCAGUUCGCGCGAGGGUCCCUCGAGUCCUAUGAGCGCGUACGCCUCUGGUAUGUGCUGUAUGUUUGCGAUCACCAGUUCGCGCUGGCCUACGGUCGCCCACCCAUGAUGCAUGAAGAUGCGGCCAUCCGGAACGCCGAGAAGCUUUUGACAAGCGGGCUGUCCUCGAAAGGAGACCACGGCCUUGUCACGCAGGUGAAGCUGUUCCGAAUUCUGGCAAGCGGCUACUUCAUGCAUGGCUGUGACCCUGAUCUUGAGCUCAGCGGACAAGACUUUGAGAGGUUGAAAGAAUUUGACAUCUCGGUCGAUCAAUGGCGUCUCGAGCAUCAACCCAAGGAAACUGGGUCUAUAAGGGACAGCAUGAUCCCACCAGCGGCAAAUGCCCUCUAUUACCACCUAGCCCGCUUUCAACUCAAUUCGGUAGCACUCCGUGGAGUCUCCGCCUCUUCCAAAGGCCAGGACAAUGCCGCCGCCACUACCACCACACCAAGCAUCGAUAUGAACUGGGAAAGACAGGAAGCCUCCAACAUCGCCAUCAUGACCGCCAUGAGCACUGCCAAACUGAUCGCAGACGACAGCGGCCUUCAGAGAGCCCUCAUUGGCCUGCCAAUUUUUGUGCACGCCAUGAUCGCAGUGUGUGCAUCGUUCCUCCUCAAGAUGGCCGUCGUAUUCGGCAAGUCCGAUCCCGGUAGUGAUGGCACCACGCUCCAUCUUCCCAAGGACCUCGCACGAUACGGCUUGAACUUUCACACAAGGACCGCGUUAACGAACGUGGAGCGCCUGGUCCGCGUCCUAUCCCAGGUCGCAGACAAUGCUAGCCAGCGGCACGUCGUGAGACAGGUUGUGACGGGGUUAGGAGAAUUGCUUCAGCGGUUUUCAGCAGGCGGAGACCCCGACGAUCUCCUAUACUCGCUACCACGAAGCAAGGAAACUUUCUAUAUAGCCGAGGCAGCACUAGUUCAACGACCGAGUGGGAUAACCGACCAAACAUAUCAGGUGAUUCCAGACAGCGAAGGUGUAAUGGAAGCAGCUCAAGUUGACAACAGUAACAACAACGCUACCCGCCAACAGCAAGAUCCCUUUGAUCUUACGGGUGACCUGGAUUGGCGCUUUGACGAUGGGUUUCUUUUUGGGAUUGAGAUUAUUGAUUCCGAGCUGCCAUUUCUGUAGACUUACCAAUUAUCAAUAUGUGGCCCCUGUCUUUGAAUAUUCCCUAGCGAACAAUGGCUACGAUUUGACUGAGAGCAUGAAACCUGUAUGUUCACUGAAGAUGCUGUAUUGGAACCCUGCUCUGGCCUCCCUCAAUAUACCAUCAUUGGGAAAUCACUGACUAUCGCAGCUUGCCGAUUGUAUUAAACUGACUCUCUUGCCUCAUACCUUUUUACGCCCAACAAUCGGCGUACGAGCUUGCGAUCACAUCCGCCAGCGGCCCACACAAUUUAAGCCUUCAGGUCCCCCUCCUGCGCCUCCCUUCUCGCCCUCAACUCGUCAGCCAUAACUGUCGCGUGGUCCGCCCUCUGCACGGGAUAUUUAUUAAAGAAGUACGCAAAAACUGCCGUACAGAUACAAAGCACACCCAGCCAAG